UAGGACAAGAUGUGCCCGGCCCGCUCCGGGCUUGUUUCCCCCGGAUCGAGUUCACAGUCGCACAGACAAAGACGGACGGUGAUGAGCGCCUCCCGAACUGCUUACUGUAACAGUACGAAACUUACUUCCCCUCUCUUUCAGCGGUAUAUCAGCUUUUCAUUGUCCCUGUAUUAAAUGACCGACCGCAAAUGAACACAAACGUCUCUAAAACCGAGCAGGGUGACAUGGUUUCCACCCGCUAUGCGUUACCUCUCUUAUCCACUGUUGAAGCUGCGUGGGACCACCUGCUGGGUGUGGGGACCAGACCUGCUGCAGAAACCACAUAACUGACGCCACAUCUCACCUCCAUCGUCCGCUCGGAGUUGCUUUUGGUUUAAAUUUAAACCGAUGGAUGGGUUUUUAUAAUGAAACGAAAUGAUAUUGCCGCCGAUGAAGAAAAGAAAAACGACUUGCGUGGACAUGGACUCCUUUGUGUGAAAUCUGAUUUGCUAGACCAUUUAAUGAAUGUUGUGUUCUGACAUCAGGGACUAGGGCCGCUUUAGGUCCAUGAAGUAGCAGCAGCAACAACACUUUCUGUCUUAUUCGUAAAGAGAUUGCCGGACUUCAAGAUGGGGCUCUUCUUCAACCCCUUCAACAACUUGAUAUGCAUUCUCCUGGGCAUCUCCCUCACCGUGUGGUUCACCAUGCUCCUCGUCUUCAUCAUCGUGCCGGCCAUCUUUGGGGUGUCGUUUGGAAUCCGACGGCUCUACAUGAAAACAUUACUGAAGGUCUUUAAGUGGGCGACGCUUCGGUUAGAGAGGGGCGCCAAGGAGAAGAACCAUCUGCUGUACAAACCCUACUCAAAUGCCAUCAUCGCCCGGGAGCCCACCUCCCUGGAGCAGGAGAUCAAGGAGAUCCGCCGCAGUGGCUCCAACCGCGACCUCAACUCGGCCUCGGAGUUCGAGAUGUCGGACAUCUUCUACUUUGCGCGCCGCGGCGUGGAGAGCAUCAUGGACGACGAGGUGACCAAGCGCUUCAGCGCCGAGGAGCUCCAGUCCUGGAACCUGCUGACCCGCAGCAACUACAACUUCCACUACAUCAGUCUGCGGCUCACCGUGCUGUGGGGCCUGGGCCUGCUAAUCCGCUACGGCUUCCUGCUGCCGCUCAGGGUCACGCUGGCCUUCACUGGGGUUGGUCUCCUGGUGUUUCUCACCUCCAUCGUGGGACUGCUUCCCAACGGCAGGGUGAAGAACUACCUGAGCGAGAAGGUGCACCUCAUGUGCUACAGGAUAUGCGUCCGGGCGCUGACCGCCAUCAUUACCUACCACGACAGCGAGAACAAACCCAAGAACGGAGGAAUCUGUGUGGCCAACCACACCUCGCCUAUCGACGUCAUCAUCCUGGCCAGCGACGGAUGCUACGCCAUGGUGGGUCAGAUCCACGGGGGGCUGAUGGGGGUCAUCCAGCGGUCUAUGGUCAAAGCCUGCCCACACAUUUGGUUUGAACGCUCUGAAGUCAAAGACCGCCAUCUAGUGGCCAAAAGGCUUAGUGACCAUGCAGAGGAUAAGUCCAAGUUGCCUAUUCUCAUUUUCCCAGAAGGGACAUGCAUCAACAACACCUCAGUCAUGAUGUUCAAGAAAGGCAGUUUUGAGAUUGAGGCCAAAGUCUACCCUGUAGCCAUCAAGUAUGAUCCCCGUUUUGGAGAUGCCUUCUGGAACAGCAGCAAGUACGGCAUGGUCAGCUACCUGCUGCGGAUGAUGAGCAGCUGGGCCAUCGUGUGCAGCGUGUGGUACCUGCCCCCAAUGUUCAGAGAGGAAGGGGAGGAUGCCGUGCAGUUCGCCAACCGAGUCAAAGCUGCCAUCGCCAGGCAAGGAGGACUAGUAGACCUACUCUGGGACGGAGGGCUGAAGCGGGGGAAGGUAAAGGAUACCUUCAAGGAGGAGCAGCAGAAGCUGUACAGCAAAAUCCUGGUGGGAGCCCAAGAGGACCGCAGCCGCUCCUGAAGCCCCUGAGAGGAGUGGACAUGGGCCAGGAGCUCCAGCCAGGAGCCACGCAGAGUUGUGGGAGGUGCCGGGUUGGACCGCUGAAUCCAGCCUGAGAGGCUCCCGGUCUACCAGGACCCCAGGACGGACUAAGGCCCUCCCUGGUGUCCACCCUUCCCUGUAAGACCCCCCCUGGGUGCAGCCUGGGCAGCAUACGGUGGGCCUCAUCGCUGCCCCCUCCCAGUCUCCCUCAUGGAAUGUUCCAAUGGGAGGCCGGACUUUGUUCUUGUUAUUUGGUUAGACUGUCAAUACGGUGCACACAAAGGAGGCCAAGUGAUUUCAUUUUGUCUUGUCAAAUGUUUUUGUAUUCAUCCUGUGGCAUUGUAUUUUUUUCAGUAGUUAUGAUUUUCAGAUUUUCCUUUUUAUUAGCCCGUUUGUUAUUGUUAACGAUGUUGAAAGUUACAGCUCUGUUACUAAUCUGAACUAGGAUAAUACGGAACUCCCAAGGAUACAGCUGGUUGGUCUCGAGACAGACAACGAGGAACUCAUGACCGGCUAGUAUCCAACGCGGCGUAGGCGACAGUAGUGCCAUUUUUGUUACGUAAUAGCUAUGAAUAUAUUUCUAUGGUGUUUAUAUCUCGAAGAGGUUUUACAUUACAGUCCAGAUUGUAUGUGCAAAGUCGCCAAUGUUGGGCUUCUGUUUAGGAGAUGUCCUCCAGUUACUGGUUCCUUUCUGUGCUUGUUUUUCGCUGAAUGUUUACUCGUCACAUCAUGAAGUUAAAAAUAUCUCCACUCCAGGAUCUGGACAGAGGUUGUGAAGAUGUGACCCAGCUAAUGUCCUCGUUCCAGCUAAUAUGCACCACAGUCCAUCACUAAACCUGUAGCUCCAGCCUGGGAAGGGGCCAUCGAGCACGUAUUCCCCACCACUCUUUUUACACCACCUUUAUCAAACAUCUUGUUCGGAGCGGGACACUGGAGGGUUUUUCCUCGUUCUUUCGGCGCUUGCCAAGCGCUCCAUUCACUCCUGUUCCACUGCUCCAUUCUUCCUCCUCCUGGCCCGGUUCCUGACAGAGUCCCCGUGAGAGACUUGGACUGGGUUUGGGUUCUGUUGAAGACUGGCCCGACGGAGGGAAGCCCUGGCCGUUCCGCCAGACACCGGCGGCCCGGCUCUGCUGUGUUAUCAGGAAUAGCCCGUAAGAUGUUACAUGUCUGUCAGAAUAAAAGUUCUAAGAUUGUGACUUUAA